AUGGGAGUCACCGGUCUCUGGCCCAUCCUCGCUCCCUCUGCCCGCCCAACGCCUCUCCCAACCCUCAACGAAAAACGUCUCGCCGUCGACGCCUCAAUCUGGAUCUACCAAUUCCUCAAAGCAGUUCGCGAUAAAGAGGGCAAUGCUCUCCGUAACUCGCAUGUUGUGGGAUUCUUCCGCCGGAUCUGUAAACUACUCUUCUUUGGCAUCAGGCCCGUUUUUGUCUUCGAUGGCGGCGCACCAAUCCUCAAACGUCAGACUAUACAGGGUCGCAAGAGGAGAAGGGAAGGGAGGAGGGAAGAUGCAGUGAGGACAGCGGGGAAACUAUUGGCGGUACAGAUGAAGAGGAGGGGUGAGGAGGAAGAGGAGAAGAGGAAGAGGGAGGUGAGAAGGGAGAAGGAGAGGGGUGGGAGGCCGGCGAUUCAGGAUGAAGAGGAAGCCAUUCCUGAAGGCGCCGACUUGGUGUAUGUCGGCGAGAUGGGAAUGUCUACCGCCGAGCGCAACAAGAAUCGUACAUUCCGCAAGACAGACGCAUAUCAUCUCCCCGACCUGACGAAUGGAAUCGAGGGGAUGGGCCAGCCUAACGAUCCCAGAAUCAUGAGUGCGGAAGAUCUUGAGGAGUAUGCGAGGCAGUUCCAUAAUGGCGAGGAUGUCAAUCUGUAUGAUUUCAGCAAGAUUGACUUUAAUGGGGAGUUCUUCCUGAGUCUUCCUGCGGGAGACCGAUAUAAUAUUCUGAAUGCGGCUAGGUUAAGGAGUCGGCUGAGGAUGGGCCAUAGUAAGGAGCAGCUGGACGGCAUGUUUCCAGAUCGAAUGGCAUUCUCAAGAUUUCAGAUUGAUAGGGUUAGGGAGAGGAAUGAGCUGACGCAACGAUUGAUGAAUCUAAAUGGCAUGAACGACUUACCUGGUGUUGGUGGUGGACGGAUUGCUGGUGAAAGGGGCAGGGAGUACGUACUGGUCAAGAAUGAGGGUGCCGAAGGUGGUUAUGCCCUCGGUGUUGUGAGUACGGAUAAGGGAGUUGGAGGAAAGGACAAACCCAUCGAUAUCGAUGCCAUACCCCAGAAGUUCAAGGAUGACUCAGAAAGCGAGGACGAAUUUGAGGAUGUUCCCGUCGAGGGCUUGAACCGGUUACCCCAGCCAAGUACAAGAAACAUGCUGAACCUGACGUAUACCGAGUUUCGAGCGCAAGAACUUGCUGAGCGAAGGAAAAGGUUCUACGCCCACAAACGUAGAAAGGUUGCUGCACAUUCGAGGGAAUCGUCUGAAGAAAUACCGUUGUCCCAACACAGCCGGACCCUUGCUCCAUCGCACGAUCCAGAUUCAUUGUUCAUAGACCAAAAUCCAGCAGCAGAACUAUCAUGCGAGAAAGGUCCAGCUUUCGAUGAGGAGGAAGAGGAUCUCAAUAGAGCCAUCGCCUUGUCUUUGCAGAAAGAUGGAAAGGAAGCCGAGUCCGAUGAGGAUGAUCAUCUUAACCGAGCUAUUGCCAUGUCACUUCAGAAGAAUCACGGACCAGAAUCUGAACCCGAUGAGGAGAUGGAUUUUGAAGAUGUGCCACUGCCAGAAUAUGAGCAAAAGCCAGCGGCCGAAAGCGCAAAGCCAAUCUCGGGGUCGAGUGGAGGCAUAAUUGCACAUAUCGUCAACAACAGAGCUAAUGCAGCGAUGCCCAAGCGAAAAGCUGUUCCUGCUGAUGUUGAUACCGACAGUGAUAGCGAUAUGGAUAUGAAAGCCGCGCUAGCCAAAGCCAGGAGGCAGAAGGCUCCUGAGCGGAGAAACCAGCCUGCACCUGUUACUCUGAACAAGAAAAAUCCCUUUGAUGGCCCUUUACCCUUUGAGAGUCUCGGUUCGAUAUUCUUCAAGAAAUCCAAGCCAGCUGAAAACCAUGAGAGCGGAAACGCAAGUCGAGAUGGCGAGGAUAUGGCAGGUGGGUUCGAUUGCGAGUCAGAGGAAAAUGCGCCGAGAGAGCUGCCACCGUGGCUAGCUGGUGGUGAUAUAAGGAAUCAGGUUGAGUUACAGAAGGAGAGAGAUCGUGAACUUAAUGCCGAGGAUAGAGAACAGGCUGAUGAGGAAGAGAGGAUGUAUAGAAAAGCUUAUGGGCCUAUUCAGAUUGACUCUUCAGACGAGGACAGUGAUAUUGAGGUCGUGGAAGCGCCAGAGCCGAAAAAGUCUUAUGAGAAUCUGGAAUUGCGUGUAGAUGUUGCGGAGUCUAGGCAAGCUUCUUCCCCCAAGAAUGCGGGAGAAAUUUGGGUAGCAACAAUACCGGACCAUGCUGCCCCGGAGACCUUUGGAGAGGUUGCUGAAGCUAUUAGAGCUGAACCCCCUAUGCCAGUUCUCCCUGAUAACAGACAGCCAUCAGUGGAAGCAAUAUCCCAGGAUAUGGAAGCCGAAGAGCUAGAGUGGUCUGAGAGCCAUUAUGGAGAAACUUCGACGUUGAGGGAUGUACUCGAUGCAGAGCAGCCGCCCGAGAGGACUGAUAUCUCCCCGUCGAUGUCGGCAUCUCCUGAAUUUGAAGAUGUUGAAAUGCUAGUGCCAGAGGUAGCGGAUCGGAAUAGCCCCCCACUUGCGAGAAGCCAAAGUCCAUUUAACGAUACUGAAGUGCUGGGUACACUUCCCGCACAACUUUCUCAAGACGACAGUUUUGCUAUACGAGAACGUACUGAAAUUGACGCUGAGUUUGACGAUUUCAGUGAUCCUGAGGACGAGGAACUACUCGCUCAACUCGCCGUGGAAGCCGAAACACAUGCUCAGUUCGCAAACAGUCUGAAUAAUCGAACAGAACAAGAAACCCAAGCAACCUUCGAACAAGAACUCAAAGCUUUACGAAACCAACAGAAGAAAGACCGCCGCGAUGCAGACGAGGUCACCCAAGUCAUGAUUACUGAAUGCCAAGCUCUUCUUCGACUCUUUGGUAUUCCAUACAUCACAGCUCCGAUGGAAGCUGAAGCUCAAUGUGCAGAACUCGUUCGUUUGGGCCUUGUUGAUGGCGUGGUAACAGAUGAUUGCGAUAUUUUUCUCUUUGGAGGCACUCGUGUUUACAAAAACAUGUUCAAUAGUAACAAGUUCGUCGAGUGCUACCUUUCAACCGACAUCGAGAAAGAGCUAUCUCUGUCUCGCGAUCAACUUAUUGCCAUUGCCCAUCUCCUCGGCUCAGAUUACACAGAAGGCCUCCCAGGUGUCGGCCCUGUCACAGCCGUAGAAAUUCUCUCCGAAUUUCCCGCCUCGACUGGCCUCCAAGAAUUCAAGGAGUGGUGGUCAACGGUUCAAAUCAAUGGCCCACCGAUCAACAACGAACCCACCACAUUCCGCAAGAAGUUCCGACGUGCACAAGGCACGAAAUUAUUCCUUCCUCCAACUUUCCCCUCACCAGCAGUUACUGAAGCCUACCUCAAACCAGACGUCGACAGCAACCCUGAUGCCUUCGAAUGGGGAGUUCCCGAUCUUGAUCGACUUCGUGAAUUCCUCAUGGCCACUAUAGGAUGGACACAAGAACGCACAGACGAAGUCCUCGUCCCCGUUAUCAGAGAUAUGAAUCGUCGCGAGCAGGAAGGUACGCAAGCGAACAUCACGCGCUACUUCGAUGGAGCUGUCGGGACUGGUGUCAAUACUGGUGGUGGUGGAGGGGAUAGAGUGACGAGUAAACGUAUGAAAGAUGCCGUAGGGAAGUUGAGGGCUAAGAAGAAGAAUUUGCACAAGGAGAAAGAUAAUCCGUUGGGAAAGACCUUCGCGGAGGUUGGUCAGGAGUGGGCGAAGAAGAAUGAUUUAGGGUGGACGGAAAGGGAACAGGCCAAGCUUUGGGGGAAAGGCGAGAAGAGGAGGGAGAAGAAGGGUAGGGGAAGGAAGCGGACUGCUGUAGAUCUUGAGGAAGAGGAUGGGCAAGACGACGGAGCAGACUGA